AUGGGAAACUGCGGAGGAUCACAGAAAGAGCUAUCUUUGGAUCUAUAUAUGAAAAGUAUAACUUUCAUCUCUUAUUAAUUCCUUCAGAGUAUCACCCAACUCAAAGAAAACUUAACAGCAAUAAUUUUGAACUCAAUAAGAAGUGUUGUUGAUCUAGGCUUGAAAUAAGAAGAACAUGAACCUAAAGAGGAACAGUCAUAUAAGAUUAAGAUUAAGAAAGAAUUGAUGAAUGAAGGAUUAAGAAUUGGAAACAAGUCAUCUUUAAGAGUCUAUAAUAUCAAUCAAGGAAAAAGACCUGCUGUAGUAUCAGCAUCACCUUAGGCUAGAAAUGGCAAUUAAGAAUAAAAAUCUGUAGAUGGAGGUGUCAGUAGAUUUGACAACGAUUAAAACCCAUAUGAUGUAAAUCUUCUCAACCCAAAGGAGGCAAUUCUAUUCUCAUAGACCGUGUAAAAGUUCAAUUUCAAUGAGUUUACAGCAUACACUCAAAGACAUGCUAUUAUCACCAAGACUGCUAUUAGAAUUUAUGAAAGCAAAGAGAAGGCGAUAUCCACUUAUGGAAAGCCAAUGAUUGCCAUCCCAUUAAAUGCAGUCAGCAAAGUCUAGAGAACUUCAUUUGAUACUAAGGAAGAUGCCAGACUUGAUAGAGUUGAAUAAAAAACUAGAGACCUCAAUAAAAAUCUAUUCGAACUGAUAUUGAAAGAUGAGUUCUUACCAAUCUAUACUCACUAAGCAUAUACUAAGGUUUUUAAGGAUACUUCAGUUGUGAUGGAAGUUUCACCUGAUAAGAGAAGAUCGUCUGUAGGAGCAAUGUUUAGAAAGGGAGCUCAGAGUCCAGGCAGAACAAGUAACACCUCUAAAAUGUCAACUUCUCAAAUCGGAAUUGGCUAGCAAUCACCUAGAAGAUUUGGAACUCAACUAGAAAUGCAUAAGAAAACUGGAGUUGAGUUGAGAGAGUCCCCCAGCAAAGGCUCAAAGAUUGUGAUGAAAUACAUUAAUAAUUAUCAAGAUGUUGGCCCAAUUCUCCCACAGAAAGCUAUUUCAUACAAUGACCUUGUUGAGCUAUCAAAAGCGAUUGAUAAGAAAGAGACAUGGGUCAGAUCAGAUCUCAGACUUAUUUUCGCUAUAGAAGAUUCAUAAUUAGUUGAUGAAGCCAUUGAAACUCUCUAGGGUAUUAUUGCAGAAUGA